UCGACCGCGACAAGAACAUUACCCACGCGCCCACCGACUCGACCCAUCGCGACUGCCGAAAAACACGUGCGGAAGCAAGCGCUAUCGACCCGAAACUCACCGCCGCCGGAUGACGCGCCGAUAAAUCACCUUCACCUGCGCAACUCCCCGCAGGGGACGAGCUGCCCGUCAUGGCCUACCCCAACUACAACCAGUACCCUCCGCCGGGCCAGCAGCCUCCGCCGCCCGUGCAAACGCAGAACCUGAAUCACCACCAACAGCAGCGCGCCUUUUCACCGCAACACUACCAGCAGUCCCCGACCGCCUUGUCCCCGACCAUGGGAAGUGGCAUCCCUCCCAAUAAGCGUCAGCGCCUGUCCCCGAAUCCGCCAUCACCCGCACCAUACCAGUCACCUUUUGGUAUGCCUGGUGCUCCCUCGUUUCCGCCCUCGCCGUAUACCGCAUCCCCGCAGACGCCCGGCUACCAUUCACUGCCCACAUCGCCUGCCGCGAUGCAGCCUCCGCCAUUCCACCAGCCCCAGCCGUACCAGCAUCCGAAUGGACAACAGCCAGCGCUCCAGGGCUCUAUGCCGCCACCCAAGGUCCCGUAUAGCAAGACUGCGGAUAAUUCAGAGCUGGAGAAGGCGAAUGCGCGCGAUCUGGAUGUCAACAACAUCAGCGAUGUUCUUACCGGAUCUGGUAUCGACCUGCGCGCCGAAGAGGACAACUUGUUGCACAAUUACAGGAGCUUCAACUCGCAGGCAUCAGGCUCUACAGCAUCACCGCACACUAGCUUCAACAACUGGAGCCAGCAGUCAAGCCAUGGCGCGUUCCAGGGGACUGGUGCGCUCAGUCAGGAAAUGACCAAGGAGCAGCACGAAGCCGAAUUCAUCAGGAAACACGAACAAGCCGCUAGAAUUCUGAACGAGUCUGCCCAACAGCCACUCAACGACCCGUUUCUACAAGCGAGCGUUCUCAGGCAUCGCAUCGCAAAGCGUGGGUACGAGCACGGUAUUCAGAUAAAUGUAGAUGGUCUGUUUGAUAAAAUUCCAGACAAAGGCCAGCAAGAGAUCACACGUACUACUCAAGCUGGUGCUAAUGGCGAGCAAAUUGUAGGUCUGGAGGCUGCCAGUCUACUAAACCAGAACGCUCCGCUUGUUGAAAUUCUAACAUUAAUUUCCCUGGCUGCCGAGGAGCGCAUACGUACCGUGGUCGAAGACUCUUUCGCUUUGUGUCAAGGCCGUCAGAACACUUCUCAUGGCAUUAUUCCACCCCAGAUGCUUGACCUUGCCAUUGUAGGAGAGAAUGCACAGGAGAAGAUGGUUCCGCCAGUCAACGUCCUGAAGACGCCGUGGGAGGCACCGGACAGCGCUGUCAGCCCUACAGCGACAGCAAGCAAGGGUGUUCCCAAUGCAGGACGGCUGCCAACCCCUCCCAGCGAAGCACCGCCAACUCCUCAGCGAACGUACCAAAACGUCAACCAUGUUGCUCAGGCGCUCACAAAGCGCGUUCAGGAUGAUUACAAGUGGGAGCAGGAGCGGCUUCGCAAGCGUGCAAAGCGUCAAGCAGGUGCCUCAGCUUCCUCCGCAGAUACACCAGCUGCUCCCAUACCCCUGCCAGAACCUGUCACAAAGAAGGCCCUAGCAUUCGCCAAGAAGCAAAGCCAGUCAGAUGUUGUUGUGUUCGGCAAAGCCAAUGAAACUGCCAGUAUGGCGCUUGGCGGCAAGAAGAAGAAGUACUCCUGGAUGACUGGUGGAGGCGGUGGUCCAGCGUCAGGUGCUUCGACACCACGACCGGCAGUUACGACAGGUGGUAGCGGCACCGCUACACCUGCAGUCCAAGCGCCUGAAAAGGCUCUCCUGGGCAGGAAGCGCAAGUUCGGCGACGCAAUCGAGCAAAAUGAGACGGGGGCUGGGAUCCAGCUCCGUGAUUUGAUUCACGUGCUAGAUAAUGAUGGAAAAGAGAAGAAGACGCUCACGGUCAUCUUGGCGCGUCUUAAAAACACGGAAAAAGACACAAAGCCCGAGGUCAACAAAUCUUUACCUCCUUCUGGAGUAAGAGCUUAGGCUUUGUAUUAUUUGCAUUAUCAGCGUUGGCGUUUAACGGGAGGCCUGUGGGGCUGAUGAGGAUCAGAAUUUGUGCGAUACCUUACUUGCAUCAUAUCCCCAAGGGCUGGGGUAAAACUAUCCAUCGGCCGAGGACGAACAGUUGGUCGUCUUCGAAUGGAACUUGUAUCAAAAAUAUCAUAUUCUUGGGCUAUAGUAGCCGAACGCUGACCGACUAUAUCACCUAUAACAAGCAUUAUUUAUUAGAUUGCGACUCGAGUGACUGGCCAUGCUUCUUAGGGAUUGAAAGCCUCUAAAUAUUGACAGUUAUGGAG